AUGUGGAUUCUACCGCUCGUCGGCUACGUCGGCAUUGUCUGCGGCUUCACUUUCCUCACCCUCGCUAUCGCAUCGGGUCUUUAUUACCUCUCGGAGCUGGUCGAAGAACAUACCGUCCUUUCGAAACGGAUCUUAACACGACUGAUACAAGUUAUUAUCGUCGUUCAUGUCGGUUUAUUCGCCAUUGACCGGUUCCCGUUUUUACUCACGCUAUUCAGCGGAGCGAGUCAUGGCGUUUAUGCUAUGAAUUUACGACGGUUUCCGAUGGUCGCUUUGACGGACGGCUGGUUUAUUGGAAGCUGCAUCCUGGUAGUAAUAAACCAUAUCCUCUGGUUCCGUCACUUCUCCAAGCCCCCAGAACCUCUCUACGACUACUCCUCCUCCUCUUCAGCCUACAACAGACACAGAAACACUUACGGGUCGGCAGAAUACAAGCCUAUACCGUCGUUCAGUGAGAUUUCGGCGUUCUUUGGGCUAUGUGUGUGGUUGGUUCCUUUUUCAUUGUUCGUUAGCUUGAGUGCAGGAGAGAAUGUCUUACCCAGUUCGGUGGGAGGGGACAGUAGUGCCGGUGUGGUCGGUGGAGAUGGGAAGAAGAAGGGCAGAAAGGGAUUGUUUAAAGGAGGAAUUGAUGGAAUUGGAGAAUGGUUGGUGGAGACCGGACAGGCCUUUGGGAUCGGAGGCGGCGGGCGGAGAAGAAGUGCUUUUGACUGA